CCUCGUUUAACUUCCGUCAAGGUACGGUUAAGAAAAAAGCGGUAUGUAAUUCCAUCAGAAAUCGGAAACAAACGUAUUUAUGUGCACAUUGUUUCAUUGUCGGUUCAGUCAUUGUUCCAGUCCAUUUUCACGAAUGCCGGCACCCUGACGAGAUCUACUUAAGCAUCAUAAUGACAGUCCAGGGAAAGUGUAACAUGGCACUGGCGUUUACCAGUUUGACGUUGAUGGUAAGCACGGCCUCAUCUCUCCAUAGUCACGAGCAAAUGCCAGCAAAACGACUACAUUACGAUUUGUUUGAGAAGAGGAGCUACGAGAAGCUGAUCCGACCUGCUGGUAAGAACGAAAUGGAGCCCCUGGUGGUAGAGCUGAGCAUGCGGCUUGCUCAACUGUUGAAAAUUGAUGAAAAAAAUCAAAUCAUGACUACAAGCAUCUGGCUUAGACAUGUAUGGGUAGACAGACGGUUGACGUGGGACCCGGUGGAAUAUGAUGGUGUGAAAUUACUAAAAAUUCCUUCAGAGGAUCUCUGGAGACCGGAUAUUGUUCUGUACAAUAACGCAGAUGGUGAUUUCGCCAUAACACUGCUGACCAAAGCUACGGUACAUUUUGACGGAAGGAUUGUCUGGGAACCGCCAGCCAUCAUCAAGAGUUAUUGCCCUAUUGAUGUGGAAUUCUUUCCCUUUGACAUACAGGAGUGCUUUAUAAGAUUUGGGAUGUGGUCAUACGACGGACGCCACGUUAAUCUUCAUCACAAGUGCACCAGACAAAUGAAAGUGCCGGACCACAACGAAAGCCUCGUCAUCAGUAAUGGAUCGAUCAGUUUGGAUGGAUUUUACCCCAACGUCCAGUGGGACGUAAUCAACGUCACUGCCAGACUAAGACGCAAAAAAUACCUGUGUUGCGAGUACUUAUUCCCUGAUAUUCUGUUCAACGUCACUUUGCGUCGGCGGACAUUGUUCUACAGCGUCAACCUCAUCGUUCCAUGUAUGGCGAUAUCCUGCCUUUGUGUUUUAGUGUUUUACCUUCCGUCCGACAGUUGUGAGAAAAUCACGCUGUCUAUAUCCAUCUUACUGGCGCUCACUGUGUUCUUUCUGUUGUUAUCAGACCUGAUUCCACCAACGUCGUUGGUUGUGCCGUUAAUAGGGAAAUACCUUCUCUUCACAAGCGUUGUGGUGACGUUGUCGAUUUUGUUGACGGUAUUUGUGUUAAGCAUUCACCAUCGAACUCCAUCCACACAUGUUAUGUCACCUUGGGUGAAACGGGUGUUUACGGAAAUUCUUCCAAAAGUUCUGUUGAUGCGUCGGCCAGAUAUGCCACGUCAGUCGACCGUCAUCCAACGGGAAGAGUCUCCGAUACCGGAAAUACGUAACGCAAGUUUGGAUCGGAAUCGAGUUCGACAUCGGGAAGCCGAAGCGGACUCGGAGGAUGACGGAGACGAGGCGGGAACUUACACCCGUCUCGCCAAGCCGUACAGUGAGGAAGUGAACGAAGCGCUGGAUGGUGUAGUCUUCAUAUACAGCCGCAUGAAACAGGACGACGAAGAUGAAGAGGAAAAACGAGACUGGAAGUACGUUGCCAUGGUGAUGGAUAGACUAUUUUUGUACAUAUUCACGCUGGCGUGUUUCCUGGGAGCUACCUGUAUAUUUGUAACACCGCCAUCUUUAUAUGACCCCCGGGAACCACUGGGUGGGGAUGAUCAGACUAACGCCUGUGUUACAACGUUAAUCAGUAACUGAUAGUUGUAGGUAGCUGAAAAACAAAGAAAUAGGGGUUUUCAUGACGUUGUCAUUGACUGUACUUGAGUUAUGUCUCCCACAUCCUGUGUUGCUGUGGGGAGACACUGUCUGCUUGCGCUUUUGUUCGUUUGGCUGUUCGUUUUAGCGAUUCUCAUCGACCAAUGUUUGCCUGCAAGAUAUCCCGGGAGAUGCCUGACUGUUUAAUCAAAUUUGGCUUCAGGUUUUCUUAUGAUUAUCAUUUUGGUUUUUGUCGGUUUGACGACUGGGCCACGUUUUAGCCAGAGGUUGAGUUUCAAUUUCUAACGGUUUUAUUGCUAAUGGUAGAAAGUGUACCUAUAUCAUGUGACCUGUCAGAAAUGUUCAGCAACUAGUUUUGAUCAUAUUUACUAAUAUGGGCGUCUGAAAGCAGCUUCACAAAUGUACAUUUAAUUUAGAGUAGACGAACGAAGAAGAAAAUUGAGGAGUUCCUCAUGGAAAAAGGUAUCAUUUGUACCUUCGAAACACAGUGAAACAGGGGAUCGGUAAAUUAGUACAUGUAUCAACAAAGGUUGCCUAACAUUUUCCACAAGUUACAUAAUACAGCAGAACUGUUCUCACCUUUGACGACAAAAGGGUUCGAAUUUGAAACCUACAUGAUUGUCUGUGAGAUAUCGCCUGAACUACUUGGCAGGAUUUAAUCAAAUAUCGUUUCUAAUGUUAUAACGUCUGUCCGGGGUGCGGUCGGGAUAAGAUCAAAUGAAAUUGCAUGUCUUCAAGAAACUCAAGCUCAGGUGAUAUGUAUGGAGGUAGCUGAUAAAGAUCGGGGAAAAUUGAAAAGGCUAUUCGAAAAUGACUGGAAAAUGGAUAUGGAUGAUUCUCAACGAAGUUGUAUUUUUUGUCUUUAAUGCAAAAGAAAUGCAUGGAGCAGAAUAACUAUAGGCUAUUGUUUCGUUCAUUAAAACAUAAGAAAUGUGAAAAGAAGAAGUAUAUAAAGAUAUAUAGAAAUUCUCGGAUGCGGUCGACAUGCAUGCUCUCGACUAGAGUAUAAUAAUAUUUCACAAGAUUCAGUUAUUUUGAAUUGUGGAAGCCGGUACGACACAUGGCCAUGUGUAAAUGCGGCCUUAAGCUGUUGUGUUCCUGGAGCGGGUCCAGCAGUUUUCCAAAUUCCGUUUUUAAAAAUUUCUAAAUCUGACACCUGUUUUUUGCAAAAUUUAAUAAACUUCAAACUUGUGUUUGGGAUUUGUUUCAAAAAGAAAUCGUACUCUAAAGGUUUUUUUCGCUCUCGUACGACGAAAAUGUGUUCUUCUGUCCAGUUUUAGUCAGCUUUGAUUGUAGAUAAUUUCGCCAAACACAGACAUUUGUGCGGAAAAGAUGAUAUUUCAUCAAACUGGACAAGUCCAUUGUAAGUGUAUGUCAAAUUGUAUAUUUAAAAAAGGCCAAAAACUACAUAAAGGUUUUUGUAAUAUGUCAGAUAUGUAUUUUAGUGUCUUUAUGCUAUGUAUGAAAAAGUUUGUCGAAACUGCUGUACGCUAUUAUAGGCACAUAUUUAUUAUUUUGUUAAUUUUCUUAAUUGUGUUAUAAUUAUAAAUAUAUAACGAUA